GCCCAAAGUGCCCUUUUUGAGGUUUAAUGAUUUUUUUAUAUAUUUAUUUUUUUUAAUAAAAAAAAAUUUGUAAGAAUUUUCUGUUUGUGCCCCCUCAACAAUUACAAAAAUAAUAAUUAAUAAAAUUUCUGUUUAAUAAAGUUGUAUAGCUGGCGUGAGUCACGUGACCACCUUCCCUUCCUGACGCCAGAGCGCACAGCCGGUCAGCGCCCACGUUUCCAUCAUGGCCGAGGGAGCGGUGCAGAGCUUUUAGGACAUACAUAUUGAUUGGGAGAAACGGACUAACACCGACAUGCCUCGUAAGGAGAGGAGGCGGAAGCAGCGACAGAAAGAGCUAUGUGAGGCAGCUAAAGGCAGUGGGUCCCUCACCAGCUGGAUAAAAAAAGAGUACAGAUGGACAGCAAGUGGAGAGUGAUAGAUCACAUGAGGAGACUGAAGACACACACAACUCUUUCUGUUUAUAUUUCUGUCACAUUCUUAUCUCUGACAUAAACUCCUCUAUUGUCCACUAAUGUUUAGAUUUCCAUUUAUUUACCACAGGUGUUGUCUCAGAUAUUUCUGUCUUACAGUUCUACAAGUUUUCACCAAUUUUUGCCAUUUUUUAUUAUCUUACAUUAAUUUUGUAAUUGACUAACAUUUCUCCUCUGAUCGUUUUACUACCUACAGUCUGAGAUCAACACAGCCUUGCCCUCCAGCAUCACCAGCAGCAGCAAGAGGAGCAACCCUGCAACAGCUACAUUGUACCCCAUCAUCAGGUAAAAUAGGACAGCAAUAGAUCAGGAGGUGGAGCAGGUUGUCCAGUAAUAAGAAGGUUGCAGGUUUGAUCCUGACUUCAAUCAGAGAUUGAUGCUGUUGUGUCCUUGGGCAAGACACUUAACCUGCUUUGCCUGCUGGUGGUGGUCGGAGGGACUGGUGGCGCCUGUGCUCAGCAGCUUCACCUCUGUCAGUGCGCUCCAGAGCAGCUAUGGCUACAUCAUAGCUCAUCACUAUCAGUGUGUUAAUGUGUGUGUGUGAAUGACUGAUUGUGUUGUAAUGUGUCUUGGGGGGUUGUAGAACCCUAAGAAGGCAUUAUACAAAUACAGACCAUUUACCAAAACAAGUUACUUUUGCUUUACAUUGUCCUUAUGGUGUAUAUAAUGAUUCACUUCCAUUUUGAAUUUCUAAUAAAUAUGAUUUGUUAUUCAGCCGGGAAUACUGUGGUUAUGUCAUGGUGUUUGAAAAUAUUAUUCUGUGUGCCCUUUUAUAAAUUUGAGCACCCGCCCCUUCAAAGGUCUCUGCACAGCCCUGUUCUCUUCCAUAAUGUGCCAGCUAGGAGAGAGGACUUCAUAACUUUGACAGCUUCUGCAAAGUUUCCACUUGCAUUCUGUAGCCACCGAUGGCUUGAAAACUUACCAGUAGCAGAGAGAGCCUUGGAGAUGUGGGCAUCUUUGACCAUGUACCUGGAUGCAGUCAGAAUGAGGAAGCUACCAAAUCCAGGAACUGCUUCUUUUGACACACUUGAAACUUCUCAGAAAGACCCCCUUAUCCUUGCAGAGCUACAUUUCUACAUGGCUGUUACCAGGACUUUCGCUCCUUUCUUGACAAGAUAUCAAACUGAUGAACCAGUGAUGCCAUUCUUGGCCACAGACUUGGCAGAGUUGAUGAAGGUAAUAACAUCCUAACACCAGACAGUUUGAUGUUGCAAAUUUAUGUUGAUGUGUAUAAUUCUGUAUGCUUGUCAACAUAUUUAUGCAUACACUGUCCUCUCUUUACUGUUUUACAUUUGAAAAUGAUUAAUAGUCACAUAUGAUUUAAAAAAUAUAUAUAUAUUUGUGUUGUGUUUAGAUUUGUCAAAAAAAUUUUGACCCAUUUUGUUUUUUGUUUUUCUCAGAGUGUGCUAAGGCGUUUUGUCAAGAGAUAAAUCCUGAAGGAUAUCAGUCCACUGCAGUUGGUCAAACUGGAUGUUGGUCACAAGAAUAACUGGGUCCCCCUGCAAGAUGUCACCCUAGGUUUGGGUGCAGAGUCAGUUCUUAAGGAACUUCAGCAACAAAAAAAAGAUAGGGGAGCUUACAGUCCUGGAGUUCAGGAAAGACUGCAUCAAGAUGCUGUCCACCAUCAUUCAGAAAGUGCAAGACAAGAGUCCAUUAAAGUACCCCACUCCCCCACCCGUCAGGCAGGUUGCCUGUUUGGAUCCCAGGAGGAUGUAUUCUGUCUGACCCAGACUGGUGCCAGAAAAACAUGACUAACCUGCUGCAGAGGUUUCUGCAAAACCAGCAGUUAUCAGGAGGUGUCUCUGCUGGUGAUGUAAUUGUCCAGCAGUUUACUGAGGUCUUAUCAGUUGGAGCGAGAAGUGAGACCUUUCUCUCCUACAGACCCACAGAGUGUAGACUGGAUGUAUUUCUCAAUGGCGUCCUGAGCCAAUGCUAUCAGGAGCUAUUGGAGUUUAGCAAGAAACUACUACUUCUGUCCCAUGGACAAGCAACAGUGGAGAGAGGAUUCUCUGUAAACAAAGAGGUGGAGACCUACAAUAUGCAGGAAGACACAAUGAUUGCUCAGCGACUGGUCUGUGAUUAUGUCACUGUCUCUAGGGGGGUCUUCAAUGUCCCUAUGUCAAAGGAGCUACGUCGGCUGCAUCAGCAAGGUCCAGAUACAGAGUGCAUCUAGAUGAGCAAAAGAGGAAGAAAAUCACUGAUCGCGAGGCACAGAAGCGAAAAUCUGCAGAAGAAGCCAUUGAGGAGCUUAGGAAAAAGAAGCAAAUUCUGCUGCAGGUGUCCAACAGUCUACAUAGAGAUGCUGAUAAACUUGCAGAAGAUGCUGAAGGGAAGAGUGGAACCUUGAUGGCCCAGCUCAUCACAAAGUCAAACACGCUGAGGAAGAGAUACAGAGAAAAAAUGUAUGAUCUAGAACAGGUGGAAACUGAACUGAAGACCAAGACUGAAGAACUCAGAUCUAUUCCAUAACUGAGAAAGGAGUAGGACCAUUUACUUAUAUUUAGUAUUCAAUACAUGGUACUUGUAUUCAUUUUACACGUUCAUGUAAACUCAGUUUAUUUAAAUACGGAUAUUCACAGUAUUUAACUCAGAGUUGUUAGUACUGCAUUUUGUUUUUGGAAAAUAUAUGCACAGAUUCUCUUAUCUCGAUGUUUGUGUUAUUUUUCAUCACUUUCAGUUCCAAUAAAUGUUUGGCCAGAACUAUUUGUAAGGUCGUACUCGUCACAUUAUGUUUUUUAGUCUUGAAUGUAAGGUCUUAAAUUUGGUCAAAGUGGCCUUAAAAAGGUCUUAAAAAGUCUUAAAUUUGGCUCCCUCAAACCUGCAGAUACCCUGUCUGGUGCUUUCAGUGCUGCACAGAUGUUAUGUAAAUGUUAAAAAUAUAGCUUACCGCAACUUUCGUCAAGUUUCCCGUGCCACCGGGCAGCCGCAGCAGAGACGAUCUUUGAAAAAUUUCCACGACACGGACUCCGUUGUUGUCUGGAAGUUUUUUUUUCCAAGUUAAGAAAAGAGGCGGACGUGUUUCCUAAAUCCUGCUUCAGUCCAAGCAAGGCAACUUCUUUCUGUUUUUAUUCCGUUUUAGUAGCCAUUAGCACUGUCCAUUGUUGUGUGCGUCAGUGAUAUUCAGUCUACGAGGAAAUCGUGCAAUGACAAAGGUUCCGCCGUGCUUGAAAUGCAAGCUGCGAUUAAAUGCGUUAAUUUUUUUAACACGUUAUUUUGUUCUAAUUAAUUAAUCGUAAUUAACGCAUUAAAGUCCCAGCCCUAAUAUAUGUAUAUAUACCUUCUCAUUCAAUAUGUUUUCUUUAUUUUCAUGACCAUUUACAAAGGGGCCAACAAGUGCUAAACACCUCUGGGAACUUCUUCAAGACAGUUGGAAAACCAUUUCAGGUGACUCCCUCUUGAAGAUCAUCAAGAGAAUGCCAAGAGUGUGCAAAGCAGUAAUCAGAGCAAAGGGUGACUAUUUUGAAGAAAAUAGAAUAUAAAACAUAUUUUCAGUUAUUUCACCGUUUUGGUUAAGUACAUAACUCCACAUUCAUAGUUUUAAUGCCUUCAGUUAGAAUCGCCCAAUGUAAAUGGUCAUGAAAAUAAAGAAAACACAUUGAAUGAGAAGCUUUGUCCAAACACGAGAUUUUUUUAAUUCACAUUAAUCUACAUUUUGUUUUGUCUUUUAUCCUGUCCAGAACUUCCACAGCAUCAUGUCUGGGAAAACAAGAUGGCUCUGAUUGACCAGCAGCUCUCUAAACAGAAAUGGACCUCCAGUUUGGACCAGAAUGAACCAGAACCUCCACUGAUGAAAGAGGAACAACAAGAACUCCUUAUUCAUCAGCAUGAAGGGCAGUUUCUUCUGAAGCAGGAAGUUGUUACCUUCAUGGAGCCUUUUCCUUCUGAAGAAACAGACUGUCGUGAACCAGAACCAAACAAGAACCAACCCUUGUGUCAGAGUACUACAGAAGCUGAGAACCAAGAUCAGGGUGGAUGCAGGAAAGAAAACUCAGAAUCAAACAGCAAUGAAGAACUGACACGUAAUAAAAUAUGCCAAUCCAAAGAUCACAGAGACAGUGUAGCUGAUAAAAAACAAAAAAGGCACAUGAGAACUCACACAGAACUUCCACAGCACCAUGUCUGGGAAAACAAGAUGGCUCUGACUGACCAGCAGCUCUCUAAACAGAAAUGGACCUCCAGUUUGGACCAGAAGGAACCAGAACCUCCACUGAUGAAAGAGGAACAACAAGAACUCCUUAUCCAUCAGCAUGAAGGGCAGUUUCUUCUGAAGCAGGAAGUUGUUACCUUCAUGGAGCCUUCUCCUUCUGAAGAAUCAUACUGUCAUGAACCAGAACCAAACAAGAACCAACCCUUGUGUCAGAGUACUACAGAAGCUCAGAACCAAGAUCAGGGUGGAUGCAGGAAAGAAAACUCAGAAUCAAACAGCAAUGAAGAACUGACACGUAAUAAAAUAUGCCAAUCCAGAGAUCACAGAGACAGUGUAGAUGAUAAAAAACAAAAAAGGCACAAGAGGGCUCACUCAGGUGAGAAGCCAUAUCCAUGUAAAACUUGUGGUAAAUGUUUUAGUGUCAGAGGUAACUUGACUAAACACAUGAGAACUCACACAGGUGAGAAGCCAUAUCCAUGUAAAACUUGUGGUAAAUGUUUUAGUGACAGUGGUAACUUGGCUAAACACAUGAGAACUCACACAGGUGAGAAGCCAUAUCCAUGUAAAAUGUGUGGUAAAUGUUUUAGUGACAGUAGUCACUUGACUACACACAUGAGAACUCACACAGGUGAAAAGCCAUAUCCAUGUAAAAUGUGUGGUAAAUGUUUUAGUGACAGUGGUUUCCUGACUACACACAUGAGAACUCACACAGGUGAGAAGCCAUAUCCAUGUAAAAUGUGUGGUAAAUGUUUUAGUGACAGUAGUCACUUGACUACACACAUGAGAACUCACACAGGUGAAAAGCCAUUUCAUUGUAAAAGUUGUGGUAAAUGUUUCUCACAGAGUGCUGCUUUGAUUUAUCACAUGAGAAUUCACACAGGUGAGAAGCCAUAUUCAUGUAAAACUUGUGGUAAAUGUUUUAGUGACAGUGAUUCCUUGACUAAACACAUGAGGAUUCACACAGGUGAGAAGCCAUAUUCAUGUAAAACUUGUGGUAAAUGUUUUAGAGACAGUAGUUCCUUGACUACACACAUGAGAACUCACACAGGUGAAAAGCCAUAUUCAUGUAAAACUUGUGGUAAAUGUUUUAGUGUCAGUAGUUCCUUGACUACACACAUGAGAACUCACACAGGUGAAAAGCCAUAUCCAUGUAAAACUUGUGGUAAAUGUUUUAGUCGCAGUGGUAACUUGACUACACACAUGAGAACUCACACAGGUGAGAAGCCAUUUAAAUGUAAAACUUGUGGUAAAUGUUUUAGUGACAGUAGUCACUCGGCUAAACACAUGAAAACUCACAUUAUAUCACUGAAUUGCUAAAGCCUCAUACUCCAACCCGAGCCCUCAGGUCCACAAACUAGAACCUUCUAGAAGUUCCAAAGACCAAUUAUAGAAGUCCAGGUGAUGGCUCCUUCCAGACUGUUGCACCCUGACAUUGGAGUGGUCCUCCUUUUAGCCUUACGUAGUCUUGACAGUCUGGACACUUUUAAAAAAAACAGCAGAAGACCCUUUCAUUUAAAGCUGCUAUUUCUAAAUAUUGUAUUUUCUUAUUUUUAACUCAAAUUUGUAAUCAUCUUUCAUUUGUUUAAUGGUAUUUUAUAAAUAUGUGACUUAGAUUUUUAUUUCUGUUUUAAGAUCACUGAUUUUAUGACUUAAUGAUUUGUUUUGAUCUAUGUGAAACACCAUGUGAUUUUCUGUCUGUGAUGAGUGCUAUAUAAAUAAAAUGUACAUACAUGUGAAAAGCCA